UUAAAAUGCGAGAAAAGCAUAAGCUUAGUGGAUAUUUUUUGAUAUUAGAAGAAAAAUCUAACAAGUAUAAUAACUAUGUAGUUUGUCAAGAUUGUAUUAGAGUUUUAGGUCGAGAAGCAGCUAUGAAACAGAAGUUUACUAAUACUAAACGUGCAUGUGCAAAACAUCUUGAAAAUUGUCCUCAUUGGGCUGAAAGACACACUCCGGAACAAACUCUAGAAAUUAUUCAGAAAGCAAUGGAUUAUGGUUCAAAAAAACUAUACAAACGGCAACGAAUAGUUGAAAGUGAAGUUGAAGAAAAUUUACAAUUAAAAUCGCUAUCAAUAACACCAUCUUCGCACGGUUCUUCUAAUUUAAACAAUUUUUUCUAUAAAACAUCGCGUACAAAUAGUAUAAGUAGUAGUAUAUCAGAAAUUUCUUUUCAAAGUUUCGGUCCACUUGAUAAUUAUGCAUAUCGUGAAGUGAGACCUGAGCAAAUUGAAAUAUUUGAGCGAUUAUUAUUGAAUGUUACAGUUGCAUGUGGUUUUUCCUUUCGUUGGAUUGAUAAUCCAGCAGUUGUAGAGCUUUUUAAGUGGCUUAAUCCAAUGUUAGAAUUACCAGAUCGAAAACAACUUGG